GAUUUUUGAACAAGGAUCUGAUGAAGUGCAAACCGCAUUCAAAUUAGCUGUGUUUAAACAUAACCAAAACAACACUGAAAGACGAUUUGAACUACAAGCAUAUGUGGACGUCAUCAAAACUGCAGAUGCUUUCAAGCUAUCCAAACUUAUUUGUAUCCAAUUUUCACGAGGUGUUUAUUCCAUGUUGGGAAGUGUCAGUCCAGAUUCAUUUGAUACGUUACACUCCUAUAGCAAUACAUUCCAGAUGCCAUUUGUGACUCCAUGGUUUCCUGAACAAGUAUUGUCACCCUCAUCGGGAAUGUUGGAUUAUGCGGUCAGUCUUAGACCAGACUACCACCGUGCAAUAUUGGAUACAGUUCGAUAUUAUGGCUGGACUAAUAUAAUUUACAUGUAUGAUUCACACGAUGGACUUUUGCGUUUGCAACAGUUAUAUGAAGCUCUAGACCUGGGUCCAAAUAGUCUUAAAGUGGACAUGGUCAAACGCAUCCAAAAUGUAUCUGAUGCUUUAAAUUUUAUUCACCAAGUAGAACGAGUGAACAGAUGGGGUAAUAAAAGAAUUGUGCUUGAUWGUCCAACACUUAUGGCUAAGCAAAUUGUCGUAUCACAUGUUAAAGAUAUUCAAUUAGGCAAGAGGACCUAUCAUUAUUUACUCAGUGGAUUGAUAAUGGAUGAUCAUUGGGAGACAGAAGUUAUCGAGUAUGGUGCUAUCAAUAUAACUGGAUUUAGACUAUUGGAUAUGAAUCAAUGGUCGGUUAAGCAUUUUCUAUCGGAGUGGAAAAACUUAGAUCCUCUCACGUCACCUGGAGCAGGAAAGGACACGAUUUCGGCACAAGCCGCACUAAUGCACGACGCAGUUUUGGUCCUCGUGGAAACCUUCAACAAGCUUUUAUGGAAAAAACCUGAUAUGUUUAAGACGAACAACAAGAGAACACUUUCAAACAGCAAUUCAUCUAUGUCUAGUAUUUCGUCUUCUCAGAUCCUUGGUUUGGACUGUAAUAACGGCCGAACAUCGGGUAAUCAAUGGGAACACGGAGAAAAAAUUUCACGAUUUUUAAGAAAGGUUGUGAUGGAAGGAUUGACCGGACAUAUAAUGUUCAAUGACGAUGGAAAACGGUAUAAUUAUACACUGCAUGUUGUACAGAUGACAAUUGACAGUACUAUAACAAAAAUCGCAGAAUGGUCGGAUACAGAUGGUUUCAAAACAGUCAUUAGCAAACCAGAAAGGGUUCACACCUUGGGACAUUCACAUAAAGGCAACGCUACAUUGAUCGUGGCCACAGUAAUGGAAGAGCCAUUUAUCAUGUUUAAAAAGCCUAAGUAUGGUGAAUCGCUAGCAGGAAAUGACAGAUUUGAAGGAUAUUGCAAGGAUCUAACAAUACUAUUGGCUGAUAAAAUUGGAGUGAAAUAUGAAUUGCGUACUGUCAAAGAUCGAAGAUAUGGAAUGGAGAAUAAUGAAGUUAAAGGUGGUUGGGACGGGAUGGUUGGCGAAAUAAUCAGAAAGGAAGUGGACUUGGCCAUUGCACCACUCACCAUCACAGCAGAACGGGAGAARGUGAUUGAAUUUAGUAAGCCGUUCAUGUCGACGGCUAUCAACAUCUUGAUUAAAAAACCGUCGAAACACAAGCCCGGAGCUUUCAGUUUCUUAUCGCCACUGUCACGAGAGGUGUGGAUCAGCGUCGGGUUUGCUUAUGUAGCCGUCGUGAUCGUCAUGUACGUCGUGUCGCGGUUUUCUGCACACGCCACUGCCGCGGCACAUGUAAGACCAGUUCACAACAGCUACGGCGGUAUAGGCAUAGGCAGUGGCGGUGGCGGUUUAGGGCAUGAACUACAGCAAACCAUACCACCACCCCCAAUGUUUGUUCAUAAUCCUUUCACGUUGGCAAACAGCAUGUGGUUUGCAGUGGCGGCUAUUACUCAACAGGCCUGUGACAUCGCACCGAAGACUACACCAGGACGUAUUGUUGGAGCAGUCUGGUGGUUCUUCGCAGUGAUAUUGAUAUCAUCGUACGUAUCUAAUUUCACUGCGUAUUUGAUCGUGCAGAAAAUGUCAACACCAAUCAGCACACCAGAAGAUUUAGCUGCACAAACUGAAAUUGAAUAUGGUGUUCUUUCUCAUGGGUCUACGUGGGAUUUUUUCAAAAGAUCACACAGUUCGUUAUACAGUAAAAUGUGGCAGUUCAUGAACUCGCGGACACACGUGUUCGUGGAUACAUACGAUGAAGGCAUUCAAAGAGUAAGGAACUCAAAUGGAAAGUUUGCUUUACUUAUUGAGUCCCCCAAAAAUGACUUUGUGAACAUGAGGAAACCUUGUGAUACAAUGAAAGUCGGACGUAACUUAGACGUCAAGGGCUACGGUAUAGCGAUGCCACUUGGGUCUCCGCUAAGGAAUCGAAUAAACGCUGCAAUCGUACAAUUGACUGAUAGCGGUGAACUUACAAGGCUGGAAAACAAAUGGUGGAUUGAUGAGUGCAGUUACGAGGCAAAGGAGUCUUUCCGCAAUGCCGAGCUCACGUUAAACAACAUUGCUGGUAUAUUUUACAUACUAGUAUUGGGACUCAUCGUGGCUAUUGCCGUGGCAUUGUUCCAGUUCUGCUACCGGACACAUUCGGAUCAAGCCAACUCAAAGUUUCAGUUGCCGGACGCCGUGAAAACAGUCGGAAAGUACAAAAACAACAGGCACGACCCCGAGAACGGUGGCAGGGAAACUCCAGUGGACAUGUGUAGAGUGAUCGGCACGUAGGAAAAAUUACAUGUUGGUCCUCACGUUUAUUGAAACUCCCUGGAGAUAAUCUUUGAUGGAAAACAAUACGUUCAAGUUCUAAACGGAAUAUGCCUUGUACAUUUAUUAUAUAUACAGAAGCCCAUCUCCCAGAUGCAGAUGAAAAACACUUUCAAUUCUCAAACUCAGGAAUUUGUUUUCCGAUAACUUGAAAUUGUUUUUUCUUUCUUGCUCUAUAUUUCUCUCACUCUUCUUUAACUCUUUCUAUAUCUUUUGCUCUC